AGCCUUCCCCGGGCCCCGGUUCCGGCCCCACCUGCCAGGCCUCGGGCCGCCCCGCCCCCGCCGCGGCCGGUUUCCAUCCCCGGCCCCGCACCCCGCGCUCGCCGCCACCGGGGGCCCGUCGCUCCCGGCUCUUUCGAGCAACCCGUUUCCGGUGGGGCCAGGGCGUCUCCGCGGCGGCCCGGCUCCCGCGCGCUCAGCACCGCCGGCGGCGGCCAGAUGCAGGCGGAGCGAGGAGCUCGGGGCGGCCGCGGCCGUCGGCCCGGCCGUGACCGGCCAGGCGGGGAUCGCGACCGGGCGGGGGCCGCAGCCGCAGUGGCAAGAGGCGGCGGCGGCGGGGACAGUGGCGGCCGCCGGGGUCGCGGCCGUGGUUUCCGAGGCGGCCGCGGCGGCCGAGGAGGAGGCGCCCCGCGAGGAGGCCGCCGGGAGCCAGGAGGCCGGGGCGCCGGGGCCAGACCGCCGGUUGAAGAUGACAGUGAUGCAGAGACCUAUGGAGAAGAGAAUGAGGAACAGGGAAAUUAUUCUAAAAGAAAGAUAGUCUCUAACUGGGAUCGAUAUCAAGAUAUUGAAAAAGAGGUCAAUAAUGAAAGUGGAGAAUCACAGAGGGGGACGGACUUCAGCGUUCUUCUCAGCUCAGCAGGGGACUCCUUCUCACAGUUCCGGUUUGUUGAGGAGAAAGAGUGGGAUGGUGAAGCUUCAUGUCCAAAACAGAAUUCAGCAUUUUAUGUGGACUGUGAGUCACUGGUUCGAGCCCUUCAAGAGCUGCCUCUCUCACUCCGACUCAAUGUUGCUGCCGAAUUGGUCCAGACCACCCUUCCUUUAGAACUUCCUCAGGUGAAACCAAAGAGAAAUGAUGAAGGCAAGGGACUGGGGAUGCAGUUAAAAGGGCCCUUGGGGCCCGGAGGAAAGGGCUCCACCUCCGAGCUGAAAUCUGCCGCUGCUGGCUGCCCCAUGUACCUGGGUAAAGAUGGCCCCAGCCCGGCUCCCUCCACGGGACCUCAGAAACCCACCGCCCCCCUGCAGGCGGCAGCAGACCACUUGGAGGAAGAAUUAGAUCUGCUGCUUAGUUUAGAUGCACGUGUAAGAGAGGGAGAGAACACUGCACCAGUCCAGACCGUGCAGGCCCAAGAAUCUGAGAAGGAUGGGGAGGUGGCCCAAGAAGAACAAGGUCCUGCCGAGCUAUCUGUGUUGGGAGAAAAGAACGUGCAGUCUGAGCAACCAAAUACAUCGAAAACUGUUACUGAGGAGGAGCUUGAAGACUGGUUGGACAGCAUGAUUUCCUAACCUAAAAGGAAAAGAAAAAAGAAAAAAGAAAAAGAAAAUGAGAAAAAAAAAAGUGCCUGACGCAAAUUUUGGUUGCCUUGUCAGUAAGGGUGGGCCCCCAGCUGUCCUUCCAGAACAGCUGGUUGCGGAGCACGCCCGAGCCAGUGUGUUCCAUCACGCUUGCCGCAGGGAACGCCUACCUCUAUGUUCCACGGCGCCCGGGACUACCCAUCUAUGAGGCUCGCUGCAUCCGCUCUCUGGCUUAGCAAUCUCCAGAGUACUUGAGGGCAGGGGAUGUUAUGGCUCUUGUUUCCAACCUCCUUCCUUUCAGUGUUUACAGCAGAGCAGGUGCUGCUGAUAGAUAGCAACAAGGCAUUCAUUUGGCCAAAAUAAACGAACGCUGCUCUA